AUGCCAAAGAAAACAUUCCCUAGCAAAAGUGGUAUUAUCGCAUUUAUAUCUUAUGCUUCUAUUGGUCCCAUCAUCGGUGAGAGUUUUGCGUCUGAGGAAAAUCUAAGGACAAAGGAAAAAUUGCAUAAUUUCUACCUGAACUCCAAGGUAGUGAGUGGUACAGUGGGAUCCAGAAAGAACAUCUCACUCCCCGUGUCGGUUAAUUUCACAUUUCAGCAUGAAAAGAUGAAGAGAGAAAAUGAGCAGUCCAUCUGUGUCUACUGGCAAGGGUCGUCUUGGUCUAAUGAAGGCUGUCAAGUCAUUUCUUCAGAUGAAAAUCAAACCCUUUGCAGCUGCAACCACCUCUCCAGCUUUGCCAUCCUUGUGGCAUCUGCCAAAUUAAAGGUGGAUCCUGUACUGACCAUGAUCACAUAUGUGGGGUUGAGCCUCUCUCUGCUGUGCCUCUUCCUGGCAGCCCUCACCUUCCUCCUGUGCCGAACCAUCCAGAACAUCAGCACCUCCCUCCACCUGCAGCUCUCCAUCUGCCUCUUCCUGGCCCACCUGCUCUUCCUCACAGGCAUUGAGCGGACAGAGUCCAAGGUGCUGUGCUCCAUCAUCGCUGGGGUGCUGCACUACCUCUACCUGGCCUCCUUCACCUGGAUGCUCCUUGAAGGGCUGCAGCUUUUCCUAACCAUCAAGAACCUCAAGGUGGCCAACUACAUCAGUGCAGGGAAGUUCAAGAGGAGGUUCAUAUAUCCUUUUGGCUACGGGAUCCCAGCUGUGAUUGUAGCUGUGUCUGCAGGGCUUCGACACACCAGCUAUGGAACAGAAACUCACUGCUGGCUCAACUUCCAUGGAAAAUUUAUUUGGAGCUUCAUGGGACCUGUUUUUGUUAUUAUUUUGAUCAAUUUUUCCUUCUAUCUGACCACCCUAUGCAUUUUAAAAAACCAGCUUAGCUCCCUCAAUAAUGAAUUAUCCAGGAUGCACAACACAAGGAUGCUGGCAUUCAAAGCCAUUGCUCAGCUUUUCAUUUUGGGCUGUUCUUGGGGCCUUGGCUUCUUUCUGGUGGAAGGAGUACUGGACCCCAUCAGGUCGGUAAUGGCCUAUUCCUUCACCAUCAUCAAUGUCCUACAGGGCGUCUACAUCUACCUGGUCUACUGCCUUCUCAAUCACAAGGUACGAGAAGAAUACAGACGCUGGUUCAAGAAGAUAAGGAAAAGGACAGAAACUGGCAACUAUGACUUUUUUGGC